GGUUCCCGGUGAGGGUGGGGCGGGGUGGCCAGGCCUGAAGGACGUGGGGACACGGGCCAGAGUGGCCAGCCCCAUACUCUGACAGGAGCGAACUUGAGCUGUGAGUAGAGACCAGGGAAGGGCGACCCAGCCCACCCAAAUUCCCCCACGGCGCCCCAGCCCACCGCAGAAGCCCAGGCGAGCUGGGGGCGCCUAACCCUGCCUCUGUCCAGGCCAGGGCCCCUCUCUCCUAUCCCAAGGCUGCUCUUAGCUGUCCUUGAGGCUUUCCUGGAGCUUUGAAAGUUCCUGACCCCUUCCAAUCCCUGCAUCAUUGUGGCUGGACCGGUCCGAACACCGCCGCGAGGGUUCUGUGGCGGUUGGCCAGGCGAGGAGGGCCGGACAGGGGCGCGCAGUGUUGGCGGGGGUCUGCCGCUAGGGGAACCGGGGGCGAGGGGGGGGGGGGAGGUCCGGGGCGGGGCCUCAGCGCCGGGAGUGGCCCUGGGUGGGGCUGGCCUGAGCGCGCCACGCACACUCCUGCCGCCGCUCCCAGGUGCCGACCAACCCCCAGGAUGGCAGAAGCACACCAGGCUGUGGCCUUCCAGUUCACUGUGACCCCAGAUGGGGUUGACUUCCGGCUCAGUCGGGAGGCCCUGAAACACAUCUACCUGUCUGGGAUCAACUCCUGGAAGAAACGCCUGAUUCGCAUCAAGAAUGGCAUCCUUAGGGGUGUGUACCCUGGCAGCCCCACCAGCUGGCUGAUCGUUGUCAUGGCAACAGUGGGUUCCUCCUACUGCAAAGUAGACAUCUCCAUGGGGCUAGUCUGCUGUAUCCAGAGAUGCCUCCCUGAAAGGUAUGGCUCCUACCACACCCCACAAACUCGGACACUUCUCAGCAUGGCCAUCUUCUCCACGGGGGUCUGGCUGACAGGCAUAUUCUUAUUCCGACAAACCCUGAAGCUGCUGCUUUCCUACCAUGGAUGGAUGUUUGAGAUGCACGGCAAGACCAGCCACACUACCAAGAUCUGGGCUAUCUGUGUCCGCCUUCUGUCCAGCCGGCGACCCAUGCUCUACAGCUUCCAGACAUCUCUGCCCAAGCUUCCUGUACCCAGUGUGCCAGCCACAGUUCAACGGUACCUGGAAUCUGUGCAGCCCUUGUUGGAUGAUGAGGAAUAUUACCGCAUGGAGAUACUGGCCAAAGAAUUCCAGGACAAGACUGCCCCCAGACUGCAGAAAUACCUGGUACUGAAGUCUUGGUGGGCAACUAACUAUGUGAGUGACUGGUGGGAAGAGUACAUCUACCUCCGUGGCAGGAGCUCCCUCAUGGUGAAUAGCAACUAUUAUGUCAUGGACCUUGUGCUUAUCAAGAACACAAAUGUGCAAGCAGCACGCCUAGGAAAUGCCAUACAUGCCAUGAUCAUGUAUCGCCGCAAACUGGACCGUGAAGAGAUCAAGCCUGUGAUGGCGUUGGGCAUUGUGCCCAUGUGCUCCUAUCAGAUGGAGAGGAUGUUCAACACCACUCGCAUCCCGGGAAAGGAGACAGAUGUGCUGCAGCACCUCUCCGAGAGCAGGCACGUGGCUGUGUAUCACAAGGGCCGCUUCUUCAAAGUCUGGCUGUAUGAGGGAUCCCGCCUGCUCAAGCCUCAGGACCUGGAGAUGCAGUUCCAAAGGAUCCUGGAUGACCCCUCCCCACCUCAGCCUGGAGAGGAAAGGCUGGCAGCCCUCACUGCAGGGGGAAGGAUGGAAUGGGCACAGGCACGCCAGGCCUUCUUUAGCUCUGGCAGGAACAAGGCUGCUCUGGAUACCAUCGAGCGUGCUGCUUUCUUUGUGUCCCUGGAUGAAGAGUCCCAUUGCUACAAUCCUGACGAUGAAGCCAGCCUCAGCCUCUAUGGCAAGGCCCUACUGCAUGGCAACUGCUACAACAGAUGGUUCGACAAGUCUUUCACUCUUAUUUCCUUCAAGAAUGGCCUAUUGGGUCUCAACACAGAACACGCAUGGGCAGACGCCCCCAUCAUUGGGCACCUCUGGGAGUUUGUCCUGGGCACUGACACCUUUCACCUGGGCUACACAGAGACUGGGCACUGCCUGGGCAAGCCAAACCCUAUGCUGGCGCCUCCUCAGCGGCUGCAAUGGAACAUUCCUGAGCAGUGCCAGGCCAUCAUCGAGAGUUCCUACCAGGUGGCCAAAGCAUUGGCAGAUGAUGUAGAGUUGUACUGCUUCCAGUUCUUGCCCUUUGGCAAAGGCCUCAUCAAAAAGUGUCGGACCAGCCCUGAUGCCUUUGUGCAGAUUGCCUUACAGCUGGCUCACUUCCGGGACAAGGGCAAGUUCUGCCUGACCUAUGAGGCCUCAAUGACGAGAAUGUUCCGAGAAGGACGGACUGAGACUGUGCGUUCCUGUACCAGUGAGUCCACAGCCUUUGUGCAGGCCAUGGUGAAAGGGUCCCAUAUGAAGGAAGACCUCCGAGAUCUCUUCCGGAAAGCUUCUGAGAAGCAUCAGAACAUGUACCGUCUGGCAAUGACUGGGGCUGGUAUUGACAGGCACCUCUUCUGCCUUUAUGUGGUCUCCAAGUACUUGGGAGUCAGCUCCCCUUUCCUGGAUAAGGUGCUCUCAGAACCCUGGCGCCUCUCCACCAGCCAGAUCCCUCAAUCCCAGAUCCGCAUGUUUGAUCCAGACCAGUACCCUAAUCACCUGGGUGCUGGAGGUGGCUUUGGCCCUGUGGCAGAUGACGGCUAUGGGGUUUCGUACAUGAUUGCAGGUGAAAACACAAUCUUCUUCCACGUUUCCAGCAAGUUCUCAAGUUCAGAGACAAAUGCCCAGCGCUUUGGGAACCACAUCCGCCAAGCCCUGCUGGAUAUCGCUGAUCUUUUCCAAGUUCCCAAGACUGACAGCUGAGAGCUAAAGAAAUGCCAGCUGCCCUUGUGUCCCCACAUUGUGGAGGAAGGGGCCUGUGGCCAGCAUGCAGGCAUAAGGGGUAGCCAUGCAUGGAUGCCCAGCUCUGAGGACAGCUCAGUCAGCAGGCACUCCCCAGAAAGAUGCUGCUCCCUUAGGGCCUAGAUGGACGUGGGGUUGUAGCAGGUAGGGAAUUUUGAUUUUUUUUCCUUGCUAGAUACUAAUAAAAAUAAGACUGUGUAAUUCUCUCUCAGCCCUUAGGUGCCUGUAUUUUGUUUGGGAACUAGAAGGCCCUCUCCUUGUCCCAACUCAAGCCAGAAAGAGUUGGGGCUAGGUGUCUAUUCAUGAGGAACUUGUGACAUGCCUUGAAAUGUGUGUCUUUGCUGAGUGAUGCAGGUUCUGAGUUUCCUGCUCAAACCCUCAUGUGUCCUUGGAAUAAAUUCUUACUUAGAGAAUCUU